ACAGGCCUUGGUGUGUCUGAGCGGUAUGUACUUCUACAAGGAGGGCAUGCUGGUUUCCUUUGAUAUUUUGAGGAAGGAGACUGGGAUCUUUUUUGGAAAGCUCUUGGGAUUAUGAAUAGAAAAAGCUGUGUGGGCCUCUGGAAUGUGCUCAAAGAUUGUGAAUACGUCCCGAAUCCAACACGUUCACAGCGGGAGAGCAGAUAUGGCCUUUGUGAUCGGAAAAGCCAAAGAAAGUGCGCAUUGUUCCAAGUCAAAUGUAUUUUCUUGUUCCUCUACUCGUGUGAAUCACCUACACAGGGUUCGGAUUGUUGACCUUGGUGAACCCUCGGCCCAAAUUGCCCACUCAAGUCCUUGACUCCAUGACCCUGCAUUUUAUUAUGAAGGUUUCACUGUAAGAAGUCCACAGAUGGAAUCCCAAUUUCCUUUCUUAAUUACUUUGAACGCUCUAAAAACAGAGCAGCGCUUUAUGAGGAGCUCUUCUCUAAAGAUCUUUAUGCAGGUGAUGUAUCUCCUUGCCCUGAGAAACAUCUGGAUCCAUGUGACAUUCUGGUGACCAAAGAAGAGAGUGAAGAAGGUGCUGAAUUCAAGGAACAUCGAGAGCAAUGUUGUAACUGGGAAAUGGAAGAGCUGAGGAGGCUGAGAGAGGAAGAAUUCCAAAUGGAGCUGAGAAGGUUAAUCGAAUAUGAGAAGUGCCAACAGACUGCUCUGGAGUUAGAGGAGAAGAUGGCUCAGGAGAAACUUGAAGAGGAGUUGCUUCUCCAGCAGGAACUGAUGAGUAAAUUGCGGAAACAAGUGGAAGAAGAAAUACAGAAGGUGGAGGAGAACAAAAAGUGGGUAUUACAACAAAAGCAGAGAAGAGAGGAGGAGAGAAAACUGAAGGAGGCUGAUCAGAGAUGCCACAGAGAGGUAGAGGAAACACUACAUAAGGAAGAUGGGGAUGAAAACAGGGAAGGAGAAAAACUGAAAAAGAAGGAAGAGAUGCUGAGAAAUAAGGAAGACGGUAAAUAUGCAGACAAGAGAAUGUUCAAGGAAGGACAAGAAGAUACAAAACAAAAAGAGAAUCAGGAGACUGAGGACAAAAUGAGGGAGGAAGAGCAAAGAAAGAAUCUUGACGAAAAUGAGGAGAGACAAAUGUUAGUGGAUAAAACAACUGGAAGGGGAGAAAAAGAAAGAAAGCAACUAGAAGAUGAGAGGAGAAUGAAGCAGCAAGAAGGGUGGAAGAAGAUGGAGUUGGAACAGAAGAGAAGUGAACAAGAAAGCAAGGAGUUGGAAGUGGAGGAUGACAGGAGAGUCAGGGAUAUUAAAGAGAGAAUCAAGGUGGAAAGUAAAAUCUCAGAGGAAGAAGAGUUAACUAUGGAAGAUGCUGAUAAGAAAGUCCAACAAGUUAAGAAGAAAGAAGUAGACACAAAGAAGGCAGGCAAGGACCAAAUUAGGGAGUUGUCAGAGAAACAAGAGAUAGAAGUGUGGAGACUGAAAAAGGAAGAUCAUCGAAACCCCAGAGAGGUGGAGGAAAAACGAGAAGAGGAAGGUGUGAAACAGACUGGGGAAAGAUAUGAGCUUAAAAAGAAUGAAGAAAUGCUGAGACAGGAAGAUGAAAUAAAAAAGGAGCACAUGGACAGCAGGAGAAUGAGUGAGGAGCGAAAUAAAACCGAUGAAAUGGAAAAGAAGCAACCUGAAGAUCAAAGAUUCCUUGAAGAAGAGAGAGUCCGAAAAAAGAAACAAGACAAUGAGAAUAAAAUGAGAGAGGAAGAGCAAAGAAAGAUAACUGGAGAAAGGGUGAAGAGGCAACUGAUAGAGGAUGAAAGAAUCAGGAGGGAAGAAAGGGAAAGAAAAAAAAUGACUGGUGGGAGGAGAAUGAAACAGCAAGAAGAGUUGAACCCUAAAAGAAGGGAUGAAGAAAGUAUGACAGAGUUGGAAAAUAAAAAGGUGGAGGAUGAAAGAAGAAUCUGGAACACUAUAGAGAGAAUCAAGGAACAAAAUGAAAACAAAAUAUUGGAAAAGAAAGAACAGAUGAGGCAGUUUAGAAGACAAGUGCCUAAGCUUGAUAAGAAGGGGGGCGAGAGCCAAACUAGCGUGUUGGAAGAAAAACAGAUAGAAGGAGAGGAGAGGAACCUGAGGAAGGAAGAUCAGAGAGGGCACAAUCAGGAGGAGGAAAGACAACUGGUUGAAGAUGAGAGACAAAGCUGGGUGAGAGACGAGCUUAAGACAGAGGUGCUGAAAAGGGAGGAGGAAAGAAAAAAGAAACAUAUAGAUGAGAAAAAAUUAAGGGAGGAAAAGCAGAGAAAGGAAAAUGAUGAAAUUGAGUACAUGGAAAAAGUAGAUCAAAGAGAAGAGAGAGAAAAGAAGAAGAGAGAGAAAGAUAAUGAAAAGAGAAUUAAUGAAGAAGAGCUAACAAUAGAGGAUAAAAGAACUGGAAAGGAAGAAGCAGAAAGAAAGAAACCAGAAGAAGAGAGAAGGAUGAAGCAGCAAGAAGAGAAGAAGUUGGAAGAGAUGGAACCAGGCAGAAAGAAAGGAAUGUGUUUGGAGUUGGACUGUGAAAAAGUGGAGGAUGAAAGAAGAAUGGAGGACUUUAAAGAGCAAAUCCUAGAAGAAAAUGAAAACAAAAUGUCAGAAGGAAGCGAAUGGGAAGAAGCAGAAAAGAAAGAAGGGAAUGAUGGGAUUGCAAUGGUGAACCAAGACCAGAGGAACAAGACAAAAGAAGACUUGACAUCUCAUGUUCAUUUAUCAACCAGAGAAGUGUGUGAAAAAAAGCAGGAAACAGAGAACGGGGGGAGAACAAUUGAGAUUUUUCAUAUCAAAAAGGAGAAAAAUGUGGUGGAAGACAGGGAUGAUUUGGAGAUGAAAUGCAAGAUUAGAGAUGAAGUGAAGGAGAAGGAAGAAAAGAAAGAUGAAGGUGAAAAUGAUAUGAGUGACCAUAGUCAAGUUGGUUUGAUACAGGAGAGAGAGAAGAGAGCUGGAGGAAGUAUGUCAGUCAUAGAGGUAAACAGACAGGUGGAGAAACAGGAAGAGAAAGACAUAAAGGAAGAUGAGAUAGAGUUUGUGAAGGAAAAUGAUGUGGUGAAAGAUAAAUCAAGAAAGCAGACUAGAGUUGAGGGGAUGAGAAAGGCAAUUGAGGGGCAAAGCAGAUGUGAAGAAAUGAAACAGAAACUAGAAAAUGCCACAGCGGAACAAAAUAAAUGUUGGAUUGACAAGAAAGUUGUGAAAGAAAGACACCUCUCACAGCAAGCUACGAACAAGAGAACAAGUACAACAGUGGACAUUACUGAUGUUGAUGCGUCGGAUGAAAAGAACAAGAAUGACUCUCUAAUGAAGAAAAACGUGCAGCCCUCAGAGGAGAGGACAGAGGAGGUAAUGCAGCAAGAGGGCGGCACAUCAAACAAUAUUAAUGGAACUGAGAGACGGUCAAAGAGUGACAACAGUCUUAACGAAAAAACACUUGAAAGGAUGAGAGACGGGAAGAAAAGCACAACGCUUGAGAGGGAUGGAGGGACGCAGCUGUGGAGAAAGAGGAUUGUCCUUGAAGGAGAAAGCCAGAGUUUGACAGCAGUGCCACCUGAGAGAGAGUCAGAAGGAGUCAGAGACCAGCUGUCCAGCUGGAGGAUCAGUCCCAGCAGUGGUGUAAAUGCUCAACAGGAGGGCAUGUGCACAGACUUGGGCCUGGCCCUGCCAGAACACACGGCUCAAAAGAGGUUGUCCUGGAUGAAGGAGUGCGUCUCCUGGUCCAAACUGUCAGUCCAGAACCGGAGAAAGCAGAGAGGCUCCUCCAAGAAAGAGCGUAGGUGGCCACGUGCGGGCGUCACACUUCCACCUCUCUGUCCAGACAAUUUGCUGCAGUUGUCCGGGUUCAAGUCCCUGCAAGAGGUGACAGUGGUGAGUUUGGAGAGCCUACCUGCCUGCAGCUUACUGACACUCAGUCAGUGCCCUCAGCUUCAGUCUCUCACUAUCAGACGCUGUCAACUCAACUCUCUGGAGGGACUGAACCAGCUGUCAGAGCUCUGUGUCAUUGACGCCCAGGAAAAUGACAUCUCAUAUUUGGACUGCCGUGACAUGACUGGCCUGAAAGUUCUGCGCCUGAACCAUAACAAGUUGACAUCGAUUCAUGGUCUGAGCGGAGUUGAGCAUCUGAUGGUUCUGGAGCUUGCGCAUAACUCGAUUACUCGCGUCGCUGGUCUGGAGUCCAUGAAGAGACUGCAGAUACUGACGCUUGAUCACAACCAGCUCAUCAGCACGAGAGGUCUUCGGGAUGUCUACACGCUCCAGCACCUGAGCUGCUCUCACAACCACCUGGCCAGAGUGGAGGGUCUGGAGAACUGCGCUCUCCUCAGCAAGCUGGAUCUCACAGCCAACAGUCUAACUGAGCCGCCGAGCCUGCACAACCAUGUUCUGCUCACAGAACUACGUCUGGACGACAACAGCAUCUCAUCCCUGCAGAGUCUCUGUGACUGCUGGCUGCCAAUGCUUCAAGUUCUCGCCGUGGCACAAAAUAGAAUCACUCAUCUGCCCUCCAUGUCUGAUUUUUUGUCACUUGCAUACCUUGACCUGCGAUUCAACUGUCUAUCAGAGGUGAAGAAAGCGUGUGACAGUUUAACUGGAUGUCAGCUCCUCAGAGAAGUUCAUCUAGAAGGUAAUCCACUGGAGCAGGAGAGCAGUUGGAGAUGCAAGCUGAAUGCAGCGUUCUCCGGUUUGAUGGCCACAGACGACAGGAAGACAGAUGCCUCUCUAUACCCCACAUCUGAGCAGUGGCUUGCCUCAGCCUCAGGCAGCUUCUUCUGGUUUUGUCAGGCUUUGCUUCGACAGACAAGAGAAUUGCGGCACCAGCACAUCCAGGAACUUGGUGAUUCCUUGCCUGCCCAGAGGGCAGCGGAGGUCAUCUCUCGUCACCUUACAGCAGCUCAACAACUUGCUGAAGAUCAACGAUUUGCUCAUGAAUAUGGGGACUUGACUUUCACUGCCAAAAAUAAAGCUAUGGUCCAAAGAACAUCUGACAAAACACUUGAGAAGAACACCGCUUGCACAGGACAGCUCAUGAUGGAGUCAGGAGUCGACCUCCCUGGAGGAGCUCCACCAGAAUAUCUGCGCAAGGGCAAUAUUCCAAGCAAUCAGUCCGAGGAUCCCUCUCAAGUGCGACAGUAUGAUGGCCUGGACCUUUUGUCAACAAAGGAAGGAAAGACUUCUACCCCUCUUAAAACAGCACCAAAGCACCAGUACAAGGAUGUCAAAAAUGAAGUUGCAGCUAUGAGCCAGCAAAUGUGCGGACAAUACAGUCAGAGUGACAAGUGCUCUGAAGCUCAAAAUGGAGGCGAUGGGGAAAAGACAGAUUUGAUUAUUCUGCACAAGGUUCAGGAUCAUGCAGCAGUGGUGAUUCAGGCUUGCUGGCGAGGCUUCAGUUUGAGGAGGAGGCUUGCAUCUGCUUUGGCUGCGGUCAAAGGCACAGACCCUGGAGAGGAAGACACCUUUGAGCUGCUGGAUGUCAACCAAUUUGUCUUUGAUGAGACAACUCUGGACCAUGACUGGACAUUGACACUUCCUGAGGACUUGCCUAUGAAAUGCUACCAUGUGUCAGAACAGGCAUCAGCACAGAAGCUUGCACCCCUGACAGAAGCGUCUCAAAGGGUCCUCCCAUCACCGCCUAUGACGGGGCCAAAACAGGCAUGGGGUACUGAAGAAAAUGCUGAAUCAUCGAAGAGCUUGAAUCGAAGCAAAUCUCCCUCUUCAAAGUCGGUCACCAGUCUGUCAGAAAGAUCGGAGAAGAUUGUGGAAGAAUGGGGCUUUACCAACAGCACCACAGCUCUUCUAAUGCUCAAGAGAGCUCGGAGGAUGAAGUCUGAAAGGCCACAGAAAAAGAAAGAUCCCUCCGUUAAUCUGGGCACAUUUGGAAAGCGCACUCUCCAGCUGGGUCCCGUCGUGGCACGCAAUAUGCCUGUGCCACAAAACAAAAACUGUCCAAGAGAGUGCCAGGACAAGUUUGAUCUUCAACAUGCAGAGAAAGAAAUGAAGCGGGAGAGAGCUCUUGAGUGGUUGCAGACUCAGGACAAUGAUCACUUCCUCCCAGAGCUCAGCUUGGACAUCCUGAACGGAGGCAAAGUGCAACUGACGGCUGAACCAGGAUACACUGAACAAGUACAUCUCAGCAGUGGACCAAGCUUCAGGAGCCCCUCAAAGCACUGGCUCCACAAACAGAACAUCACCCUUCAAAGCACUUUCAGCAAUCAAAGAAGAGAGACACCACCUCUUCAUCGCGUCGUUGCCGCUCCACUGAAAAAGGAGCGUCUCACUUUCAGAGACAACCCUGUACAGAUGAGCGUCGGCUGGGGAUCUGGAAAGAAGACACACAGAUUGCACAAGUGACAAUGAAUUAGUGAGGCUCAAGGACUUUUCAGUUUUUUCUUUAUAAAAAAAAAAGAAAAAUAAACAAACAAAUAAAAAAACAAUAAAUGUAUAAAAAGUUCUACCCUCAUGCCUCAAUUUAUUUAUACUUGGAAUAGUUUAAAUAAGAUUGUAUUGAACUUUUGGACUCAGAUGAAGAUGAAUAGUGUGAAUAUGAUUCUACUGAUGGUGCUGUUGCUUUGACAUUAAAUAACACCUUUUCAAGUGAAGUUCAAGAAACGCUUCAGUGUUGUUGACCCUUUGCUCUGUACACGAAAACUAAAACAUAACCACCACCUUUUUUGAGUCUAAAGUUACAACAUAUUGUGUGACUCACUCUGCUGAGCCGACAUCCAAAUGCUCUCUCAACGACGGUGGUGUGAAUCAUUUGUUCCUUGUCCUAUUCCUGAAAAUUCCAUCCCAACUUGGAGCUGGUGGAUGUUGCCCGGGAGAAGGGCGUGGCCCUCUGAAGCUGCUGCCUGAGGAUGGAUGGACUAUCCAUGCCUUUUCAAGUUACUGUGAUGACAGACAGACAGACAAACCAAAUCCAAAGAAAACCUAAGCUCCAUGGUGGAGGUAAACACCAACAACAGCAGAAUUGUAAAGCACAGGUUGUAGUUGCUAAAAUAAAUCAGAGUUAAUGUGACUAAGGUGACAAAAUGUUAAGGAGUUAAUUUGAUAAUACAGUACAUUUCAGGGUUGUUAGGUAAGACUGCAA